AUGUCUGCUUUGCUGGUGGUCUGGGCUGUGCUCCUGCCCUCAGGGUUCACCAGCUACCUGGCCAGUGGAGGGACGUCAUGGCGACAUUGCACAGACCUGCGCCCCCUGGAUAUUCUCUCGGAAGUGGUUCCGACUAGUGGUGUGAGAAGUGGGAUUCGGAUGCUCCAAGUGCAGGGGGCACGUGGGUUUCAGUUCUCUGCAUCAGCACGCCAUGCCCUGAGCUUCCCGGCUUCCCAGAUUUUCCUCUACUGUGACCUCUUCCCAGAGGAAUUCUCCAUCAUCAUCACCCUGAGGGUCCUCAGCGUCCCACCAAAGAAAAACGAGUACAUCUUCACUGUGAUGAAGGAGGAGAGCAACACGGUGCUGGUUGGGCUCAGGUACUCGCUGAACAAACUCCACUUCCUCUUCUGGAGCAGAGAGCUCUCCAAUGGCUGGCAGACCCAGGUCACCUUCCAAGGCAUCUCCUUAACUGACAACCAGUGGCACACGCUUGUCUUGGCCGUGUCUGGGCAAUUCUUCUCCCUGACUGUGGACUGCAGUAUCCCCAUUGACGUGGUGGUGGAUACACCCUUCCCCACGUCCUUGGCCGUGAAGGGAUCCAGGUUUUAUGUUGGGAGCAGGAGGAGAAGGAAAGGGCUAUUCACGGGCUUGUUAAGACAACUAGUCCUGUUGCCAGGAUCUGAUGCUACCUCAAGGAUGUGCACUAACAUGAACUUUAAGCUAGCAGUGCUCUCCAUCCCCCCAGUACUGCAGGAUCUCCCAGUGAAACCAGCGAGCAAUGAGGUGCUGAAAUACCCUUACGAGGCUGACAUGAAAGUGACUCUGGGAUCCCGACCUCCCUGCACGAAGAAUGAAAAGGCCCACUUCUGGUUUAACGCUUCUUGGAAAGGGCUCUAUCUAUGUGAUGGGAGUGCCUGGGUCGCCAUGCUAGAAGUCAAAGAGAGGCUGGACUAUGUAGAAGAAUAUCAGAACUUGAUGACCAACUCUGAAACCAUGGGCAUCGAGAUCUUCAUCAUUCCAAAGGUGGGGUUUUUUGCAGCCACAGCCAAUCGGUAUACUCCGCCUGGGUCAGCUAUCUACAAAUGGACUGAUGGGAAAUUCCAGUCUUACCAAAACAUCCCCACCUACCAAGCUCAAUCCUGGCGCUAUUUCACCAUAGGAAAAAAGAUCUUCCUAGCAGUGGCUAAUUUUGAGCAGAAUGAAAGGGGUCAGCAGUUCUCUGUAAUUUACAAGUGGAGCCACAGAACAGAGAAAUUCUUCCCGUACCAGCGGAUCGCCACGCACAGCGCUAGGGACUGGGAGGCCUUUGACAUUGAGGGAGAGGCCUUCCUCGCGGUUGCCAACCACAGAGAAGGGGAUAAUCACAACAUCAAUAGUGUCAUAUAUCGGUGGAACCCCAGGACUGGACUUUUCGAGGCCAACCAGACCAUUCCUACCUCUGGAGCCUACGACUGGGAAUUUUUUACUGUUGGACCUUACUCUUUCCUGGUCGUGGCCAACACAUUUAAUGGCACAUCUACGAAGAUCGACUCCCACAUCUACAUCUGGCUCGGUGGCUCCUUUCAGCUCUUCCAGUCAAUCCUGACUUUUGGUGCUGCCGACUGGGAGGUCUUUCGCAUUGGAGACAGAAUCUUCCUCGCUGUGGCUAACAGUCACAGUUACGACAGUGGAACCGUAGUGCCGAACAACUACUACGCCAUCAACUCCUCCAUCUAUGAGCUGAACAUCACGGCACAGAUGUUUGUCAAGUUUCAGGAUCUUCUCACCUACAGUGCUCUGGACUGGGAAUUCUUUUCAGUGGGAGAAGAUUAUUUUCUGGUGGUAGCAAACUCCUUUGACGGAUUCACCUUCUCUGUGAACAGUAUUAUAUACAGGUGGCAAGGGUAUGAAGGCUUCGUAGCGGUUCAUCGUCUUCCGACGUUUGGCUGUCGAGACUGGGAAGCGUUUCACACAACGGCGGGCUCCUACCUCAUGUACUCGAGUGCCAGGGAACCACUCUCCAAGGUGCUGAAGCUGAAAACCAUCUGA